GCCGUGGGGGCGGCGAGGGUCGGAGAGGGUCAGGUCGCGGCGAGGCGGGCGGCGCCAUGUUGUGCUGCCGCCUGGCCGCCCUCGGGGCGCGGCGGCACCUGCGGCCCCUCGGCCCCGCCGCAGGCAACUUGUUGCAGCGCUGGAAUGUUCCCAUAGGACUACAGAUGAGCAGACAAGUGGCUAGCUCUGAUGUGCCUGGGGGCAAAGGCAGUAGUUCUGUUUUUGCCCUUAUUAUGGGCUUGUCAACGUUAGGAGCGGGUGUAUAUGUGUACAAAACAUUGAGAGAAAACAAAGAGCGAUUCACCAGCCGUGUCACAACAAUAACAGCACGAUCCCAAGAAAAUGCAUCGUCUCCUUCUGGUGGUAAACUGUCUAAUAUGUUACCUGCAGCUCCAGAAGCUCACCCUGAGGUCCCAUCUCAUGUUCCUUUCCUGCUAAUUGGUGGAGGAACUGCUGCUUUUGCUGCUGCCCGGUCCAUUCGGGCUCGUGACCCUGGUGCCCGGGUGCUGAUUGUGUCUGAAGAUCCUGCAUUGCCCUACAUGCGUCCACCCCUUUCCAAAGAGCUGUGGUUUUCAGAUGAUCCAGAUGUGACGGAGACUCUGCGAUUCAAACAGUGGAAUGGCAAGGAGAGGAGCAUAUAUUUCCAGCCGCCGUCAUUUUAUGUGCCUGCUCGCGAUCUGCCUUUUGUAGAAAAUGGUGGAGUAGCAGUUCUCUGUGGCAAGAAGGUUGUUCAUAUGGAUGUUAGAGGCAACAUGGUGAAACUCAGUGAUGGUACCCAGAUAUCCUAUGACAAAUGUCUGAUUGCCACUGGUGGUUCCCCGAGGAAUCUGCCCGCCAUUGAAAGAGCAGGAAAAGAUGUCCAGCAAAGGCUGACACUGUUCCGAAAGGUCGAGGACUUCAAAAGUCUGGAGAAGAUUUCAAGACAAGUCAAAUCCAUCACAGUUAUUGGUGGUGGCUUUCUUGGCAGUGAGCUGGCCUGUGCUCUGGGAAGAAGAGCACGAACCAGAGGCCUGGAGGUGAUUCAGCUGUUUCCAGAAAAUGGCAAUAUGGGCAAAGUCUUGCCUGAAUAUCUGAGCAACUGGACCACAGAGAAAGUCAGAAGAGAGGGUGUUAAUGUUAUGCCUAAUGCCGUGGUCAAGUCCGUCUCUGUCUCUGGAAAUCGACUGAUGAUUAAACUAAAAGAUGGCCGAAAGGUGGAGACCGAUCAUAUCGUGGCUGCAGUAGGGUUGGAGCCUAAUGUGGAAUUAGCGAAGUCUGCUGGUCUGGAGGUGGAUUCUGACUUUGGAGGAUUCCGGGUCAAUGCAGAGCUGCAGGCACGCUCCAAUAUCUGGGUGGCUGGGGAUGCUGCCUGCUUCUAUGAUAUCAAACUAGGCAGGAGACGUGUAGAGCACCACGAUCAUGCCGUUGUGAGUGGAAGGCUAGCUGGAGAAAAUAUGACAGGAGCUGCAAAGCCCUACUGGCAUCAGUCCAUGUUCUGGAGCGAUCUGGGCCCCGAUGUAGGGUAUGAAGCCAUUGGACUUGUUGACAGUACUUUACCAACAGUAGGGGUCUUUGCUAAAGCAACAGCAAAAGACACACCAAAAUCUGCAACAGAGCAAUCAGGGACAGGUAUCCGAUCAGAAAGUGAAACCGAAGCAGAAGCUUCAGAAGUUCCCACUUCUCCAAGUGCUUCACCAAUGCCUCAUGUUCCAAAGCAAGGAGAAGACUAUGGCAAAGGUGUCAUUUUCUACCUCAGGGAUAAAGUUGUGGUGGGAAUCGUGUUAUGGAAUAUCUUCAACAGGAUGCCUAUCGCUCGAAAGAUCAUCAAAGAUGGGGAGGAGCACGCUGAUCUCAAUGAAGUAGCAAAGCUUUUCAACAUCCAUGAAGACUAAACUCCAGAAUUCAAUCACUGCAAUAGGAGUAGGGCAGCGGGUUCUUGCUGACUGUGUGCACCCCUUCAUCUUGGAGAACUUGCUCUGAGCACUCUUUAAUAUUUCCCAUCACCUACAAGUCUAAUGUUUGCACCAAUAAAAUCAAGAUUCUUCUAA